UCUCACAAACGCCGUGUACUGACUGACGACGACUGUCUAACCGCCUUGCAUACACACGCAUUUACAGCAGCAGAAAAUUCAUUUUCAAAAUUUUUAUUCUGAAUAAAAUAGUGUGUUUUAGAAUUUCAGUUUAUAUUGGGAAACGAUAGUAAACGGUUCAAUUUCUCUAACGUUUAUAUAGAAAUAUUUGCGCAUUUUGCUUUGCUGUUUCCUUUAAGUUAACAACAAAAAAAUAAAAUAAACAAAAAAAUAAUUAUGGCUGAAACCGGCAACAGUGUGGACUACAUGGCCAUUAUACAAAUGGUUAUUGAAUUUAUUGUGGUGCACGUUAAAUUCUACUAUUACAUUGUGGAAUCAUUGAUCAAAUCAUUUUUAAACAAAGAACAAGUUAAUGUUAGCGGUAAAUUUGUUUUCAUUACCGGCACUGGCCAUGGUAUUGGCAAGGAAUUGGCUUUACAAUACUCCUCUUUGGGUGCUAAAGUUAUUUGUGUGGAUAUAAAUGAAAAGAAUAAUACACAAACUGUUAAGGAAAUUAAGCAGGGUGGCGGUAGUGCCUUUGCUUAUACCUGCAAUGUUACGAGCCGCGAAGAAAUUUUCGCUUUGGCCGAAAAGGUUAAGAAGGAACAUGGUUUCAUUAGUGUUAUUGUAAAUAAUGCUGGCAUUAUGCCCUGCCAUCCAUUGUUGGAACAUACUGAACAGGAAAUUAGACUGAUGUAUGAUGUCAAUGUUUUGGCUCAUUUUUGGAUUCUCCAAGCUUUCUUGCCCGAUAUGAUUGAACGCAAUCAAGGUCACAUUGUUGCUCUCUCCUCUUGUGCCGGUUUGUUCGGUUUGCCCAAUUUGGUGCCUUAUUGUGGUACUAAAUUUGCUGUACGCGGUUUAAUGCAAGCCAUGCAAGAAGAAUUAUAUAAACAAAAUCCCAAAACACAGAUCAAAUUCACCAGCAUUUAUCCCUACAUGGUGGAUACUGGUUUGUGCAAGAAUCCUAAAUUCCGUUUCCCUUGGAUGAAGUUGGUAGAUCCUAAAGAGGCAGCUGCCUCCAUUAUUGAAGCACAACGCAGCAAUUUGGAAGAGGCUAGUAUACCACGUUACUACACCAGUAUUGAAAAGAUUGGUCGUUUUGUGCCACUCAAAUCUAUGCGUGUUGUUAAUGAUUAUCUUGAUGCUUAUGUAGAAUCUGAUAAGAAUUAAGUUAUUAUAAAAAUUAUGAAAUUUUUAACUAGUUAAUACCAAAAAAA